AUGAAGAAUGAUGGUGCUUGCUCAAGUAAUGGUCGAUCAUUUGAAAACCAAUCAGGUAAAGGAUCAGCCAUAAAAGAUGAAACGGAAAAGUCUACCGCACAGGCAGCAAAUGGCAAUUUUAAGAACUACUACGCUAUUCGAAGAGAUGUUCAACAAACAGAUCGGCACAAGGGUGAUGGGGUUGGAGCUUCGGAUAAACGAGUAGAGGCAAUUACCCAGUGGAUCAACGGUCAUAGGAUGUUGGAGGGAAUCACAUGUCGACACAUUGAGAGAUAUUUGGAUAUCGGAUGCAAUACAGGCCAAUGCACUUUUGGACUUGCCCAAUAUCUCAAAGAUCAGCCGAAGCAAAUCAUCGCUGUUGACAUUGAUGAAGAAUUGGUGAAGCAGGCCACCAUCAAUGCGGAGAGUUAUGGCUAUCAACAGAAUUUGCAAAGUUCAGCCCGUCGAAUACUGGGGAGUGGACGAGUAGGCUAUUCCACUGAUCAACCUCGUAAACGACUCCGACUCGAAGAACCCGCUGAAGUUUACAUAUCGACCAUUCUCGCUUGUGAUUGGACUUACAUGACUGGCACCGAUGAAGUGAAGACAAAUUUGGAUAAGCAAAACUAUCAAGGCUAUGACUUGAUCACAGCAUUGUCCGUCACCAAAUGGGUUCAGCUAGCACAUGCCGAUGCUGGCAUUCGCGUCUUUCUCGCUCGCAUCUGCAGCUCGUUAAAGCCAGGUGGACUAUUCAUACUCGAACCACAACCUUUUAAGUCAUAUAAAGGCUUACACAAGAUCACCAAACCUGAAAGCAGAGAACGCCAAAAUAUCGCACAAAUGAAGAUUUUUCCUGUUGACUUUCAAUGGAUUUUGACUGUCGAAUUCGGUUUGAUCGGUCCUUUCUUCAUUCGAUCUCGAGCCAGAAACGGUAGAUCCAAUAUGCCUGCUACAUCGAGACGAGACCCUCAGCAGCAGAAAAGAGGGGGGCCCUUCCCUCGAUAUCGUACCAUGGGUGCAGCGUGA